GAAAAAGAAAAAAUGAAAAAAGAAACAGUACGUAGUUAGACGUGAAAAGUGAAAGGAAAAAGGCAUUUCCAAUCGAGGAAAGAAAGAAAGAAAUGGCAGCAGCGCCAGAUCACUUGUUCAAUUUGAGGAAUAAUUUCUAUUUGGGUUCGUAUCAGGCUGCCAUCAACAACAGCGAUCUUCCCAAUCUCUCCCCCGACGACGCCGUCGAGCGCGACUGCCUCGUCUACCGCUCUUACAUCGCUCUUGGCAGCUACCAACUAGUGAUCAAUGAGAUCGACUCCGCCGCUGCCACUCCUCUCCAAGCCGUUAAAUUGCUGGCCCUCUAUCUCUCUAACCCUCAUGAUAAGGAAUCAACGAUUUCGAGCUUGAAAGAGUGGCUGGCAGAUCCAGCAAUUGGAAACAAUGCCAUCUUAAGGUUGAUUGCUGGAAUCGUUUUCAUGCAUGAAGAAGACUAUAAUGAGGCUCUUAAACACACCAAUGCUGGUGGCACCAUGGAACUGCAUGCAUUGAAUGUGCAAAUAUUCAUUAAGAUGCACCGAUCAGAUUAUGCAGAGAGACAGCUGAGGGUCAUGCAGCAGAUUGAUGAGGACCACACACUGACUCAACUUGCAAAUGCAUGGUUGAAUCUGGCAGUGGGUGGUUCUAAGAUACAGGAAGCAUAUCUGAUCUUCCAAGAUUUCUCUGAGAAAUAUCCAAUGACCGGAUUGAUCCUGAAUGGGAAGGCUGUCUGCUGUAUGCACAUGGGAAACUUUGAUGAAGCUGAAACACUGUUACUUGAAGCACUUAAUAAGGAUGCAAAGGAUCCUGAAACUCUGGCCAACCUGGUUGUAUGCAGUCUUCACCUUGGUAAAUCAUCUUCACGUUACCUAAGCCAAUUGAAACUCACACAUCCAGAGCACAUUCUUGUUAAACGUGCAUCAUCUGCAGAAGACAGCUUCGAAAGAGCAGUGCAAUCAGUUGCUUGAAGAUGUGGAGUUAGUUUUUGAUAAAAUGUCAAAUGGUGCCGGUUAACAAUCGUUAUGGCUAUUCUUUGGGAUUUGUAACCUGCAGAGUAUAUGAUCAGUUUGACGAAAGUUUCAAGUUUUAACUUUGAUAUUCUUUUUGUUGGGUAUUGUUGGAUAAGGAACAUCUUAUAUUAAAUGUUUCCAGGAAAAACUCAAAA